AUGGGAUGUCCCAUCGUAAUGAAAUUUAUGUUGGCGUUAUGCGCAACAUUGCUGUAUUCCUUCCGGCCCAUUGAGACUUUCAUCUGUGACUUCGGAGAUCCACACGAUUUGCUGAGCAACAACGCCAUCGUUAGCUGCCACACAUAUUUCGAAUUCUCUGAAUUCCCACCUGUCAUAUGUCCACGCGUAGUCAACAACACCGAAUACGUCUGGCAUCCACAACCUACAAAGAUUGAGAACGGUUAUCGUAACGCAUACGUUGGUGGCAAUGGCAAAAUUCGUUCCGUCGCUAUUGCGGAAAUUGUCGUCACUGAUAGGCCUGUUGAAUUAGUUACAGUGCGAUCCAAUCAGUCGCAAAGUCGCCUGCACUUCGACAUACCAAGGAAUGAACUCUACGUCAUCAACGAGUGUCGCCUGAUAUUCAUCUGUGGGCCCCGAGAUUUGUUCUUGUCAGAUAUAUUGCAGCGUCACCUGGACCAACUAGAGAGUGUCACACAAAUGAGGCAACUACUUUGGAACUCUGCAACACCAUUGGCUCAUGAAUUGGGGGUAAUUGGAAAGGGUCUGGGUAUAUUCUUCUUGUACAGAGGCGGGACGCAUCUGCCUCUUCAAGGUUGUGGCAGCCGACCUUCGCCACUGUUUAAUGCGGAUUAUGAAGUUAACGUGGACCCCGUUACUGGUACGCGAUCAUGUGUAGUAGACCCUAUGUCGAAUGCUCGCAUCGGAUUUAUUUGCGAAGGCCGAAUUGAACCCGCGGAUUGCAUGAAGUCCCUAAUUGACGACAAAGGCAAAGUUGUAACUGCUCCUAGGCCACGUCCUUAUUGGGAUUUCAGAUAUUAUAGACCUUGGGUGGUAGCGAAAUACUUCUCUGACGUGGCACUAACGCCAUUCAGUGGAGAAUGCAGGUGUGUCGAUCCCGAAACAGGUGACAUAAAGGCCAAAAUACAGAUCCGCCAGAACAGCGAACAUGUCUGUGACAUUUCCAGCAUGAUCGUUCGAAACCGUUCGCAGCCUAUCAGAGGUCCGUGGUGUUCGGUGGUACUUCAUCCGGGGAGCACCUUGACCAUAAGAUUUCCAACAGUGGAUGGCGCCGCGGAUUACGAUAAUUCCAUGCUUCGUACAUCUUCGCGACAGACGUCUAUCAAUGAAUAUGAAACUGAAUUCUUGCCGAAGGACUUGAAAACGGUGAGGCAAAUAAACACGUAUAGAGGGUUUAAUGUUUAUGACGAAGUAUCAUAUCAAGAGGUCCUUGUUGGCGAUGCCAUCGAGUUGGAUGUGUCCCAGAUGCACCGGGGAGAAGUGACGCUAAAGUACCACGUUGACAAACCUCUCACAUUACGAAGCGGAUUUAACUCAUUCUUAUACCACUGGACGUUGAAAUCUAAAAACGAGAAUCUUGCAAAGAAGAUACAGGCCACCGUAAAUGUGUCAUUCGCGUUGACUCAUGAACACGAAAUCUUUGGUUGCGACUCUCGACAAACGAAGCUAUUCAACGAAGAUAUCAGUCGCCAGCAUUGUUCAACGAAAAGGAUGGGGAAUGGCAUAGGUGACACUUACGAAUGCCUCCUCCAUAACAAAGCGCAUAUACAUCAGGCUGGAAUUUACUGCAGGCCGGAAGAGAGGUUGUUACCGGGCAACUGUCAAUAUACAGGAUACGACCUCCACUCCAAUCGGAUCAUGUCAUUUCCUGAAACUGUGCGAAGUAUUACUCCCCAACCCAUUACAGGAUUCCAAGUGCUAAACAUGGAGAUACAGAAUCUUCCUGUCAGUUAUGCUUGUGUAUGUGUCAAUGAACAUGGAUACGAGACCUCCAGACUUACUGUGGAGUCGAACCGCGAGGAAAGUCGCAAGUUUACAGUUCGCCGUAUAAAUGGGUUGCAAAAGAUCCUCCCCUAUGUAUCUCUGCGAUUGAAUAUCGGAUUAAUACUUGAAGGGCUCAGAUCAGGAAUGUUUAUCACGUUGCAGCACGUAUCGAAAAAGACUAUUAAACUACAUGUGGGCACAAAAUUGUUAUUGAGUUGUGCUCUUGGUUCCGCGCUGCAAAACGGUUCAAAUGAUACAAUAAGCCCAACUGCGUGGCUUCCUAAAUUGCAUGGAAAAUACCAUUAUAAUGCCAUCGUGACAUUCCGUGGGCUUGAGCUUAUUACGAGAUCGCACAAUGAUGUCAUAGCUGGUUCACAUGGCGGGUUUUCUGUUUUGUUCAACGAUGACCACUCAUCAGCCCAUCAAGCUUUGAUAUUAGAAUUACGUAGAAACGCCAUCUUGAUUUCCAAGGACCCAGUUCACAAAAAAAACGUGCCGAUGAGAUUUGUCUGCGGCAAGGCGGCCCAACUAUCGGAUCCGUCGGCCGUCUCCGAUUAUGCGUUACAUUCAGACGCAUCUGUGCAGUCUACUUCUAGUAUCACAGAUGCGGCAGGAAAAUACGCCUGGAAUAUUGUUAAAGUCAACGUCGAGACCACUGACCCGUACAUGCAAGGCUGCGGCGUCACAUACGCAUCAGAUGAGUUGUUCAAGCCUGAGACACCCAAAAUCUACGACUCUUAUGGACAACGUAAAUCUGGUUGCAAAAUAGACAUUCAGGCUGCGGGCGAGGCAGCAUUCUACUGCCCAGCACCGUACGUCCUAGAACCAUCCUAUUGCUUUGAAAAAGUAUUAAUGGGGGGUAUAAUCAUGAAUGUGAAAGAUAUAAGCAAGUCGCUAGUAUCAUCUCGAACUAAUCACUUUGUCACGCUGGAGUUCGACAGUGCUCGUAUAGGAUCCGGGGAGACCCUGCGCCUGAAACCUCCAUUGGAGUGCCAGUGCGUCACCGACAAAGGCAUCGUCCUGUCGACCAUACAGAUCGAGAACUACAACUCCAAGUUAUGA